AUGCAGGUCUUCAAGGACACAAACAAGGGCAGUGUCCCGGCGGGCGUCCAGGCGGGGUCAUGGCCAGCCCCUCAGCCCCCGCCCUCUGAGCUCCGCCCACCGCCAGUCCCACUUUCAGGAGGAACACACGCCGUCACUCCCCCGGCAGCCACUCCGCCAGCUGCCCCGCCCGAGCCGCCAUCGUUCGACACCUGCGCCUCCGGGAACGUGACGGCGCUGUUGGGCGGGACGGCGACGCUGAGGUGCCGCGUCACGAACCUCGGGAACAAGACGGUCUUGCCCCACCCCGCUCCACCCUGCUCACGUGCCCCACCCCGCUCCACCCUGCUCACGUGCCCCACCCCGCUCCACCCUGCUCACGUGCCCCACCCCGCUCCACCCUGCUCACGUGCCCCACCCCGCUCCACCCUGCUCACGUGCCCCACCCCGCUCCACCCUGCUCAUGUGCCCCACCCAGCUCCACCCUGCACACGUGCCCCACCCCGCUCCACCCUGCUCACGUGCCCCACCCCGCUCCACCCUGCACACGUGCCCCACCCCGCUCCACCCUGCUCACGUGCCCCACCCCGCUCCACCCUGCUCACGUGCCCCACCCCGCUCCACCCUGCUCACGUGCCCCACCCCGCUCCACCCUGCUCACCUGCCCCACCCCGCUCCACCCUGCUCACGUGCCCCACCCCUCUCCACCCUGCUCACGUGCCCCACCUCUCCACCCUGCUCACGUGCCCCACCCUGCUCCACCCUGCUCACGUGCCCCACCCUGCUCCACCCUGCUCACGUGCCCCACCCUGCUCCACCCUGCUCACGUGCCCCACCCCUGCUCCACCCUGCUCACGUGCCAUACACCGCUCCACCCUGCUCACGUGCCCCACCACUCCACCCUGCUCACGUGCCCCACCCUGCUCCACCCUGCUCACGUGCCCCACCCUGCGCCACCCUGCUCACGUGCCCCACCCCGCUCCACCCUGCUCACGUGCCAUACACCGCUCCACCCUGCUCACCUGCCCCACCACUCCACCCUGCUCACGUGCCCCACCCACUCCACCCUGCUCACCUGCCCCAUCCCACUCCACCCUGCUCACCUGCCCCACCCUGCUCCACCCUGCUCACGUGCCCCACCCUGCUCCACCCUGCUCACGUGCCCCACCCUGCUCCACCCUGCUCACCUGCACCACCCCGCUCCACCCUGCUCACCUGCCCCACCCCGCUCCACCCUGCUCACCUGCCCCACCCCGCUCCACCCUGCUCACUUGCAACACCCUGCUCCACCCUGCUCACCUGCCCCACCCCUCCACCCUGCUCACCUGCCCCACCCCUCCACCCUGCUCACGUGCCCCACCCCUCCACCCUGCUCAUGCCCCACCCCUCCACCCUGCUCACCUGCCCCACCCCGCUCCACCCUGCUCACCUGCCCCACCUGCUCCCACCCUGCUCACGUGCCCCACCUGCUCCACCCUGCUCACGUGCCCCACCCCGCUCCACCCUGCUCACCUGCCCCACCCCGCUCCACCCUGCUCACCUGCCCCACCCCGCUCCACCCUGCUCACGUGCCCCACCCCGCUCCACCCUGCUCACGUGCCCCACCCCGCUCCACCCUGCUCACCUGCCCCACCCCGCUCCACCCUGCUCACGUGCCCCACCCCGCUCCACCCUGCUCACGUGCCCCACCUGCUCCACCCUGCUCACGUGCCCCACACCGCUCCACCCUUCUCACGUGCCCCACCCUGCUCCACCCUGCUCACGUGCACCUCCCCGCUCCACCCUGCUAACGUGCGCCACCCCUCUCCACCCUGCUCACAGCCAGAAACCGCCAUCGUGGGGGGCCCGGACGUGUACCUCAACACCGGGAGUCAGCUGGCGCUCACCUGCACCGUCAGGUUCAGCCCCGAGCCGCCCGCCUUCAUCCUCUGGUACCACGGCGACAAGGUGGGUGGGGGAGUGGAUGACUGGUGA